GACACAGCGUUUAGAGAGAGAAACAAAAAAACUUUUUUCAUUUUUUUUUUCUAGAGAGAGAAAGCGAGUGGAGUUCGGAUCGAAGAACAGAACGCUUCCCACCCCUUCUUCUUCUCUAAUCUCUCGUGCUCUCAAACCCUAAAUUUCCUAAUUAUUUUCUCUGUUUUUAUUUAUUUUUUUGUCUUUUUAUUGUAAAUUAUUUUCCUGUUAUCUGUAUCCGCUGUUCCGAUCUUUGGCUUUCUUCUUCUUUUUUGGAAAUUUUGUUCUGUGGUGAAAGACGGAUCUGGUUGUAUCUCUGUAAAGAUAUGAUGUGUUUCCGUUUUAAUUGAGCUAGGAUUUCUAUUUAAAAUUCUGUAAAUCGAGAUUAUUCGAUUCCCUGGUUCUGGAUGUUUGUAGUCUGAUUCUAGGGUUUUUGAAACCCUAGAUUUAUUGGAAAUUGUGUAAUCUUAGGGUUCUUGGGGGUUGAUUCGGACGAAGUUAGGGUUUUUUAUUGUUCAGUAAUUGGUGAUUACAUGUAUGGCUUCGGGGACUUUAGGGGAUUCUAGUGAUGAUUUGAAUUGGAGAGGGAGGUGUCGAUGGACGGAAAAUAGCAAAGUUUAUACGCGAAGAUUCCACAAGAAAGCCCAAAAAUCCAGCAAUAAUAACGGUACUGCCACCACAACAAUCCGCAUAGCCGAGAACCCCACAUCAGCCGCCCCGAGCAGUGCUGCAAAUCCCACCCCGACUCAGGCUGAGGUUUCCUCAGCCUCUGUUGCAACAACUACCGUUGCAGAGGUUUCCACUGCCUCGACCUCCGAAGGUCCCGACAAUUGUGCUGUUGCCUCGCCUCCACCCACUACUCCUGGCAAUCUUGCCGAAACAACCACUCCCGGCAGGAGUUCAGGGAGCCCUGUUCUGCGAGAGUCCCCGGAGGCUCUAGAGACGAACAAUGUGGACUCUUAUAAAAAGUUGCAUAAGGACUCUCCACAACAAGUACAGACUCUCUCACGUGGAUCACCGGACAAAGAUGCAGAUACUCUUCAACAGAUGCUGGAAGAAAAGCUACAACAUCAACCACAUACGCCCUCACUGUUGCAGGAUAAUUGCUCCACUCAGAAUCGAAUACGAGAAGGCAAUGGCAGUCAACCUGCUGAGCUGCAGAAUCUUGAGGAUUUGUCAUUGCCUAACAGUAAUGAGGCUGAGAAUUUGAAAACGCCAUCCCCUAUCCUCAGUGAAAAUGAGGUAAAUGGGGACCAGCCAAAUGGCAGCCAAGUUGCUAUGCAGCUGCUUACUGGGAAUGCGGGUCGGGGUCACGGAGAAAUGAUGCCAGGUUCACCUCAAGUUCCCGAAGGCAAUGAGCAAGUGCACGUCAAUGGAGUUGUGAAGCCGCUAGUGAUAUCUAGUGUUGAUGAUAGGAUUAGAUUUAAAUUAUGGAAAGCAACCCCGAAGAAUGAGAUUAAGGAUCUCUGGAAGAAGCUAGAAUGUGAGCUUGAUCAGGUUAGGAAGCUAGUUAAACAGCUCGAAGCCAAGGAUAUUCAGCUCGCUUCAUAUAGUACUCAGAUUAGCAACAGUAACCUCAGCAAUACUAACAAUUGUAUCGGUGGCGAAGGUGCUAGUAUUGGUGUUUAUGCUCAUCCUCAGAACCAAAAUUCGCAAAAUAAUGUGGUAGACAGAAGGGUGUUGGUGAGAGUGAAUUCAGAGGUGAGUACGAUGGGGCACCAGGAAGCAAGACCUAUGGGGUUAGCGAGAGUGAAUUCUGAUAUGGGUGCAGCCCGGAAUCUAGGACCGAGGCCAUAUAGUAGGCAGCUCAGUGUUGCUGUAAUGGAAAAUAAUCACAGAGCUGGUGAAUUUGUCGAGAAAGAGAAACGGACACCAAAGGCCAAUCAGUAUUACAGAAACUCAGAGUUCCUAUUGGGAAAGGACAGACUGCCUCCUGAAAGUAAUAAGAGGUUGAAGACGAAUAAUGGUAGGAAAUAUAGUGGAGAAACAGAACAUGCCUUCGGGUUUGGUUUUCGGUUUGAGAAAAGCAGGAAUCAGGUCUUUAAAAGCUGUAGCAGCUUACUUCAGCGGUUGAUGAAGCACAAGUAUGGGUGGGUGUUUAAUGAGCCAGUGAAUGCCAAGGCCCUUGGCUUGGUUGAUUAUCAUGACAUCAUUAAGCAUCCUAUGGAUUUGGGUACAAUUAAGACCAGACUGUCACAAAAUUGGUAUAAAUCUCCUAAAGAUUUUGCAGAUGAUGUGAGACUUGUUUUUCACAAUGCCAUGACUUAUAAUCCGAAGGGACAGGAUGUUCACAUUAUGGCAGAACAAUUAUUGCAGAUUUUUGAAGAGAGAUGGGCAAUUAUAGAGACCGAGUGUAAUCCUUACUGGAAAUAUCAAAUGUAUCAGGACGGAGGGUUGUCCACUCCCACCUCCAGAAGGCCCCCACCUCAAUCUCAUUUUACCCCAGCUUCGGUCCCACUUUCUUCUCCUCUUGUUCCUGGAUUUAUCUCUGCUGCAACACAGGUCCCUGGUGCUGCUGUUCCUUUGUAUGCUCCUGCUGCCCCGCAGAUAAGGACUUAUGAUAGACCUGAGCCAAUGACAUCUGUUGCUGUUGAUCCUAAGAUUCAUCGACCUCAUGUUGGCAGGACUCCUCUUCCGAAGAAACCUAAAGCAAAGGAUCCCAAUAAAAGGGACAUGACAUACGAGGAGAAGCAAAGACUUAGCACCAAUCUUCAGGGCUUGCCUUCUGAGAAGCUUGAUGCUAUUGUUCAGAUCAUUAAGAAGAGGAACACUGCCCUUUCUCAACACGAUGAUGAGAUCGAGGUGGACAUUGACAGUGUUGAUCCAGAAACUCUGUGGGAGCUUGAUAGGUUUGUGACUAAUUACAAAAAAAGCUUGAGCAAGAACAAGAGGAAAGCUGAACUUGCUCUCCAAGCAAGAACAGUAGCAAAUCAGAAGGUUGCAUUGACGAACUCAACUCCAGCAGUCGCGCAGGUUCAAAUUGAGAAUGUAGCAGUUCCUUCUUCCAAAGCUUUUGAAAGGGGUACUGCUCCUCCUGAUGAAGGGAAAAAGCAGGGGUAUAAUGGAAGUCAAUCCAGCAGCUCAAGCAGCUCAAGCAGUGAUUCUGGAUCAUCUUCAAGUGGUUCAGGUAGUGACAGUUCCUCUGCAGAUGGAUCGGAUGCAGGGCAUUCACCGAGGACUUGAAAGGAUACAAUUGAGGACCUUUAGAUAUGCUGAAUGGCCAGAUGGAACUGGAAUGCCAUUUGAUGUUUUAGGUGCAUUAUCCCAGGCGCACCUUCCCAUCAUGAACGUGCAAGUCUGAAUAUUUGAGGUGGUCUCUCUUGUUAGCAGAAUGCAUAAUGUCUUAUUGGUUCAUUGACGGUGAUGGGAGAAUGCAGCUCUAAUUUCUAAUCAUAAAAGAGUUUGUGAUAGGAUUUUGUCCUUCAUUUAACUUGUGAUGAGAGGCUUUGAGGUCAUUGAGCCCUGAUUGAAUCGUGUAGGUAUGCCAGCUAGGGAGUAGCAAGUUGUAUCUUGCGUUUUUGCGCAUUGUAGUACAGUAGUGUGUACAGAGCUUAGUAUCACAAGAGAUUUGCGCUGUUGAAUUUUGUCGUAGGGGAGUCAGAGAUUUCAAGAAGGCGAAUGGUAACUGGUUUGUUUCAAGUUGGCAUGAGUUCUCUUCUCAUUGUAGCUAUUGAGUGGCGUUGGUACUGAGUCUUGUGGAUGUGGCUAUUGCAAUGAAGUGUAAGUGCCUAUUGAUGUGGCACCCUUUUGCAAUUUCAGUUUAUAUUUGUAACUGCGGCCUAACUAGAACAUAGUUUCUUGGUACCUUGUCAGACAACUAAAAACUGGCUCUCGAGUAAAUGACAUUCUUGUGUGGCUGUAGCCGCUGCUUAUCCCAACUGUCCUCGUAUUGAGCCGUUUAUUGUUGAUAGACUAUAUCCUUUGUCAAGGGGAAUCUUGAUGCAGAGUUCCAAGCCUCCACCUUUGUGUCGAACUUGAAAGGGACUAUGGAUUCUCAAAUUCAAGAGGUUCAAUUAAAUAGUUUAUCAAUGUUACAA